AAAAAAUCGAGGGAUUUGUCUAGCAAACCUAACACCACCAUUAUUUCUAACAAGAUGACCUGACGUGAGGUCGUGAGCAUCUCAGUCAUUUCUUAUGACCUCACCCACCGAUGACAUCAUAUCAUUUUCACUAUCCUCUCAAUUUCUCUCGUAAUAGUAGCUCAAAAAUGUACCAAUUUCUCCCAAUCGAAUCCAACGGUUGAAAUUAACGCCAUAAACCGGGACAAAAAAUUCUCCCGACACUCUCAGUGCGAGAAAUACUUAAACAUUGACGAGACCCAAAGCCCAAAUUCUUCCCUAUAUAAUUCAUUUCCACCAAUUUUGCUGCCGCCCGGAGAUCUCUUUACUCAAUGGAAAGGGAGAAGAAGCGGAAAAGGGCCGAUCACAAUCAUCAACGCCAGGUUAAUGGCGUCGGCGAAUUGAGGAGGAAAGAGAAGGACGAGGUGCCGGCUCCGGCGCCGGCGACGAUGCCGGUUCAGCCUUCGGAGGAAGAAGUGGAGGAGUUUUUCACGAUCUUGCGGAGGAUGAACGUGGCGAUUAAGUAUUUCGAUAAGGGUGGGACCGGGAGAGGUGGUGUUAACGCCAACGGCGACGGCGGUAAGAGGAUGGGGCCGGAGAUUUCCCAGGUGGAGGGAUUGAAGAUCGGGAGGGAGCGGAAGAUCGCGGAAAAUGGUGGGCCCAAGAUCGGUUUGGAUCUGAACUUGAUGCCGGAAUCGGAGAUUUGACACAGAACCGGUCGUUGGCCUGCGGUCCGAUGGUAGUUUUUUAAUAGUUUCAGCUACCGCGGCACACGUUAGACGAUGAGAACUAGUGAAGGCUAAUGUCAGCCGGAAGGUAAAAACUACAAAUGAAUUACUACUACUGUUAAAUUAUCCUCCCAAUAGACGACUUAAAUAAUCCUGUUAUUUUCACUCCUCUUUUUUUUUUUUAAUCUCGUUUUUUUUUUUCCCUUUUUUAUUAUAUGAAAAUGGGGAUAUAUUGUGACUUGUGAAAUAGAUAUAUUCCUUGACUGUGUAAAUAAAAUAAUAGUAGUAGUAGUAGUGAGUGGUAUAAUUUGACUUCCCACGUUGAUUUUUAUGCCUUAAAUGGUAGUAGCUGCUAGAGUAGGCUAGCUAUCAGAUACUGGCUCAGGUCCCUCUUAAAAAACCUCAUUGUCAUAAGAAAUAAAUGAGAUUUUGUCAUAUUUUUGGUUGGGUAUCGCUUCUUCCAUUUAGUGAAGAAGCUCCAGCCACUCAAAUUUCUCAUAUUUGCCCUUUUCAGAAAUCAGAAUGUUGUGGAAGUCGUUGAUAUUCCCAUAGGAGGGUUUAGUAAUUUUGUUUAUGGUGGUCGUAAUUCGUAAAGUGACGCCAGCUUCUCUCGCAACUGAAUUGAAUCGUUUUGUUUCCUGAAAAAUUAUAUAUGUUGCACCUAAUCUCAAAGUUCUAUAGAGAAAUCCUCAGGUGGCUCGUUUUUGAAUUUUUUUUGUAGAAUUGAAAAUAUUGGCUGUUAGGCAUAUAAGCUACUCCUAAAUCAUAUGGUUGUUAGUAUAUUUUGUUGUAGAGGUACAAUCUCAGUCAUAUUGUGGGUGGCACAGGACAAAGAAAAUACUCUACUCACAGGAAAAUAUUGUAAAAAAUUGAACCCUUAUAACAAGUAAGAAAAAAUAUUUUUGCUUUUUUCAUUUUUUUAUCACUUGUGGAAUAUGGUAUUUUUACUUAACUUUAGCUCCUUCAUUGUACUCAAAUAAUAAUAAUAAUAAUAAGAAAAGGAUGGAAAUGGAUGGAAAAGACUAAAGAGGUGUCAUUUCAGAUCCCUCGCUAAGCCCAAUAUCUUUCAUCAGGACAUCCCCAUUGACAAUGAUGGCCAAGGGCCCUAAACCUCUAAAUCAUGUAUUCUAAAUUGCAGCAAAAUAGACCCAAGAUGACUCUAGUAUCGUUCCAACUUCGUACCAGAUAAAAACAUAUGGCCUUUAAACAAACAAGCCCGAGCUUCACUCUUAUAUCAACUGGGAUAGUUUUUUACUAUUUGCGAAAACUCUGGGUUGAUGUAAAUGCUAAUUAUAAGGAUGGAAACAUCACCUUUAAAGUUCUUUUUUUCCUUUGUCUUCCAACGGAUGUCCUGCACCGUUAUCCGACUAAUUCAAAUUUGAAUUGGCCGAUAAAUAUUUUAAUCACGCUUCUAUGCUCAUGUCUGAGUUUGAACCUAGAUCGCAGUUAUAUUAUAAAUUUGAAUUUGAACUAAACAAUAAUUUUGAGAGGAUGCCAUUUUCCAUACAUAUGCAACUGUGGGUAGUAGUUUCCAUCCGCCUUAAACCAAGCCUUCGUCUCCAGUUUCAACCCUGGCCCAUAAAUGAACAAGUGGGGAGAAAAUAUCUAGAUGGACCUAUUUGUUGAUUCCCUAGCGUGGGCCUGGAUAUCCUGAAUGAAAUAGUAGAUAGGUGAACAAAUUCAAGAUGAAUAACCUGAAGCCUGAGGAGUUCUAGUAAAAACACAAAUCUCCCACUAAGAACAAGCGAAAAAAAUGUUGAUUUUUGUAAUUAUUAUUGCACUCUACAGUCUCUAUUUAUCUCAAAAAAAUUAUUACACUCUAUUUUGAAAUAAAG